UUGGCAGCAGCAAAAUUGGAACAUUACUAGAUAUAAUAGAUAGACAAAGCAAUUGAAUUUGUGAAAUGGACAAGAAAACAAACUACAAGCUGAGCGAGCGCGACUUGGAUAUCCGCUCCGAUCUAGAGUUUGUGGACAGCCUGCUGAAGGACCUGCGAUUGGAGGUGGAGCCGCAGGCUCGUGGUGUCAUCUUGGAUCUGGCCUACACUUUGGCAAGGGACAAACUCGUCGAGGCUCAGCGUUUCGCCAGGUUGGCCAAUCGCUCCAACGUGAGUGUCGCGGACUUGGAGAUGGCAAACCUGGAGCGGACAGAGGAGCUGAGCAGGAGGCGGAUCCAUCAGCCGGUGAAGUCGCUGGUUCCCAACCAGACAUCUCUGCCCACGCCGACUGUGAGCCGUGGUCUAAUGCUGCCCACCUGGCGUCAGUGUCAGGUGGGUGCAAUGGCCGAGUUGAAGGACAAGACUGCUGAGACUCAGCCGGCGAAUCCCAGGAUUGUGGUGACCCCGAAACCGGUAACAGCUAAUGCUGCAGGUCCUGUUUUAAACUCUGGCUCCACUUCUGCCGCCAAUUUGAUGCUAGCUACUGGAUCUUCAAAUCCGGGUCGUAACACUGCAAAUCCCAUUGUUCGUCCCGUUGGAUCUAACAUGAAUCCUCCCGAGAACUUUACCAAGCCAACCUUUUAUCCACCAAGUACCCGAUCUGAUCAUCAUCAUACAAUGAGAAGUCAGUCCACUCCAAGGAUGUACACCAGUAGACCCACAGGGGGCUAUGCACCAGGUCCUUCCCAGAACUUGAAUGCUGGUGUUCAAGGAGGAAUUCCGUCGGCCGUGAAAAAGCCACGCAUGCAACAAUAAAACAAUCGAAAUCCUUGAAAAUAAAAUAAAUGAGAUCAACAAAUUA